AUGGACGGCGAUCCAGUGCUGGAUGGCCUUCGAGGUCUUUAUCAGGAUCUUUCGGCGCUUUCGAGGAACGCCUUGCCCAACGUCGAAAGAUUGGUGUUCGAGUUAGAAGCGACGGUCGAUGAUUUCAGGAAGCUCCUGGAUAAAGUGCCCAAGAAAAAUGAAAGCCGAAAAGCUGUUCUCUCUGGAAAAAUUGACCUUGAAGGGGUUGAGUAUUCUCUCAACGAUGCUUUCCAACAGGAUGUAUUACAGGUUGCGGAUGCCUUAGAUAUUGAUGAGGUUCAGGCUGCCAGUUAUUAUAUGCAAGCCCAGUUGGACACGAUAAAACUAGAUCGAUCGCCCGUGAUGGUCGCAAUUAUUCAUUUUCACGAGCGCCGUGCGUUUCUGCUCGAAUGCCUUCGCCUUGUCCUACAUGAAUCAUUUGAAAUCGAAAGAGAAGACACCCGUGCUCUUAUGCAAGACAUCGUUGCAAUGGUUCUUGAAAUACAGAAUGGCCCACUGCGCAAUGGUUCUCUCUAUGCCAGAAAAUGCAUGGAUUCGAUGGGAGACAUUGAAAAGUGGCUUGUUCUUCUCGGGGAACAAAUACAGAAGGCGUCCAUUGUAGGGGUGGCCCAAGAUUCGGAUGUGUUGGAAGUACUCGAAUAUCAACGUCAGAGCCUAGGCAAACAACAUGAGUCCCUCGGGGCAAUUCUAUACUAUCUUUUUAAGGGGACGUUCACGAGCUCUGAGGACUUUCGGAAACUGCUUGAAAAACUGAAGAAGGCCGAGAGGUUCGAUAUGCUUUUGGUGCACCAUCUUCCCGCCCUUAUAUCUGCGAUUUCCCAGUACGGUUCUUCCGAAGGACAAGGCCCUCUCCGAGAGGCGAGAUCCCUACAUCUAACAAUCGCCGGCAAUAAAGAAUCGGCGAACUGGGUACUGCCGAAAUUUCAUGCUGCGGUUGUUGUGUUUUGGCUGGCUGAAUAUUCAGGUUGGUUCUUUGAUAGUGGGCCGGUAUCUCCGCUCCAGGGAAUCAAUCCUGCACAUGAGUUAUCAGCUCUUACUCAAACAUUCAUGUCCUCUCUGGAUGCUGGCGGCUUGGAGUUCAUACUCUUAGUUUGUGCGGGGGUAGCUGGCGAAGAGUGGGAUGUCCCGGCGAGGAAUGAAUUGGUCAGUUUGAUUUUAAAAGAUGCGCAAAGGCUGUCUGUGGAGCCGGACAGACCUACUGCCUAUUUUCACGAACUCUUGAUGGUUGGUUUGGAAGCUUUCACGGAAUCCUUGAUUGCAAACAUGCCAGAUGCGAUCCGCCACCUCAAAUCGGAAGAAGACUCGCAGCGGCUAGAUCAGAUGACGGCACUUCGUGAAACGGCAAAUGCCUCUUUGCACCGCGGUUUAAUUGAACCUCGAAUGCAUCUUGAAUCGUUACUCGUGAUCAUUGCAUUCACAUUUGAUAAAAGGGAUGAACCUGCUCAAGAAUUCUGGGCCGACACCGAUGGCAACCUUUACGGGUUCCUCCAGUGGGUAUCUAAACGCCAAACUGUUCCGCGUGUUAGCGCCUUUUGCGAGAUGCUAUGUUCGCUUUCUGGUGGUGAAGAGAAUUCAGCCUCAGCACACAGUUUCUUGCAAGACGAGGAUUCGUCAUCUUCCAAGUUCCGAAGAUCCAUCUCUAUGAACUGGGACCAGAUGUUUGCCGAGCUGCAACUGUACGCCACCAGGGUCACUGAACGGCCACCAGCAUCCCAGCCAUCGGUUCUACGUAACCGCAAGCCUGAGACUGUAGACAUUGAUGAACCUGAAAGUCCAGUCAUGCUUACUUGUUACUUGCGCCUUAUUAGCCAUCUUUGCAAAGAAAAUACACAAAUUCGUGAAUGGAUAUUGAAGUAUCCAACUGCUAACAUUGCUAAUACUCUCCUCACGCUCUGUGCCGCGCCGAUACCUCAUUAUUUGAGAGCUUCCAUUUUCGUUACUUUGCGCUGUAUAAUGUUGCAACGAACAACCACCCAUGGAAACGAGAUGUGGACAUUAAUCGACCAAUGGAUUUCAGGCUCUGGGGCCUCACCCCUAUCAUUAACCAAGUUGCCAGUUUUAACAAGCUCUCCUACUUUAAACGAACGCCAUGUCUUUCAAAGGAUUAUGGAAAGCUUCGACCAGACCAAUGCUUUCGUCGACUUAUUGAUCGUGUUAACGUCUCCCACUGUUGAUUCCGGCGACUCACAAAUAUGCCUACAAUUCCCGGAAUCGCUCGGCUCCUCAUAUCAGGGGAAAGAAGCUCGACUUUUGCAAUGCAACUGUCUCAGCUUUGUCGCCAUUAACUUAGAGUCAUUCAAUGAAAAUCUCGUAUCUUUGGUUAACCAAACAACCGUUUCCAGCCACACGACUAUUGGAAACGUUCCCCUGCAGACAUAUCUCCGUUUGCACCCCUUUUCCCGCAUAAUGGAAUGGUUAUUUAAUGAAGAUGUCUUGCGAGCGCUAUUCGCUUGCUCGCAUCAAGACAUUGAAGAUGUAGCACAGGCUUCGUCGGACUCCGUGCUACUCCAAGCCCUUAUCAAAAGCAUUGAUGUUAUGAAUAUGAUUAUGUACCAUCAAGCCACAUUUUUUAAUAUUGUUCGGCCCUUUGUUAGGAGUUUCCCACAUCAAGGGAAAUCAAACAUGGCGAAUACAUCUCUUGCGUCGUUCGAAGACAGUGUGAUGGACAACUUGAGUUUGAUAACUGACUUAUGUCUCUACUGCGGAACGGGCCACCCUCAGCUAACUCUUACUUCUCUCGCCCUUUUGGAAAAGUUAUCGGCCUCUCGCAAACUCAAUAAACCCACCGCUAUCUUUCAAUGGCAGACGCCCAAUCAACUGGUGGAGCUACUCAACUCGAAUGUGGAUGCCGACCGUAUUGCCCGUUCCCUGGCAUCUCAAAUGGUUCCCGAUAUGCGCGAAUUGGAAAACGGCCCUACAGCCGCUGGAUACCUUAUCAAACUUGGAUUAGUCCAAUUACUCGAUAAAUGUCUGAACAUGAUUCCGAACAAACCUACGAUAGCCCAUGUUCUCCUUGGAUUUAGGUGUAUCGGAAAUCCCUUGGAUGUGGCUUCGGAUAGUCUUUUUGAAAAAGGUCUGUCGUUACUCCACGCCAUCAUUGAUUUGGUCAAGGCUUAUCCAGAUGGUGGUGAUGGAACUAUAAUAUCGUGGAUGAUACAUUUAAAGCAGCUCGCGUUCCAUGUACUGCAGUGUCUUUGGACCUCGUCACUCUCUUCGGCAUUGGUUUUACCACAACUGCGCGCAAAUCGGCUCCUUGCGAAUCUUCUUGCCUCUCAGGCCAUAAUCGCUCCGGAUUCGCUGUGGGAUGGGUUUCGGAUAACAGAGUCAGAUUUCUGGUUUUCAGAAUCAGCAGUUGGCCUCUCAGAAUUUCUUGUCUAUCGAAGUCUUCUUUUCGACUACGCGACGACUGAGACAAGAGCCGUCUUUAAAGAAAGCUCCCCUUCCUUUCAACGGGACACAUUAUCAACCUUACUUGGAAAUUCGACAUCCGAAGACGGGACGAUCAUUUCUCACCCUUCGAUUUUCGACCUUUUCGAUUUUGCCGACCUUGACGUUGAGUGGGAAUAUGCCUUCCCGGGUCUCAAAUAUUUUAGAGAUGUGGAUUUAAGUGUCUGUGCUGCAUCUCAAUUAGAUGGAUUUCCAGUAUUAUACGACCUUUCAAGCGUGGAAUCCUUGCUCCAACUUACGAAAGACAACCUUUUAAACUCCGGCCAAGUUAGCAUGCAGGAAGAAGAUCAGGUUUCUACAGAGCGCGAUAAGCUACUACUCUUCCUCCGUGCGUCAAACCAAAAUCGUCAAAUCCGAUACAAUCGCCUUGUCGCCCUAAAAUCAUGGGUAGAAUUAGUUAUUACAAUUAUUGUUAACGGCGAAAUGGAUCCCACUCGCAUGGCGACACUUAUCCUGCACACUCUUCAAGUUAUCCUACCCAAGCUUGAGAGCUCUAUUAUUGAAAAUGCAGCAGAGGCCACGGAGCUAGCUCGCCUUGCUGAAACUCUCAUCGAAAAGCUCGUUUCAUCAAAAGGUAACGAAGACGUUAUUGAUGAGCGACUGCAUCAUCUUUUCCAUGUAUGCGUUCGUGGUAUUCCCUCCGUAUUGGAAGAAAAGGCUUUGAGGGAAACCCUUUAUCACAUUUGCUCUAGGUAUCUUUCACGGAUUACCAAAAAAGGCGGCGCCAAGGUGCGUUUCGGGAGCCGCGCCCAUCAAAUCAUUAAAUCUACAGGUUCUAGCUUAAUUGACGCCGUUUGCGAUGACGCGUAUUCCGGGGACGAGAAUUGUCGAAUAUCCGCCUUGGUUUUCUUGAACCUUCUCUCCGUCCUUUGCGAGCAACAAUCGUCUUCCGUUCUCGUGACUUUAAUCUCCCAAUCUAAUUAUCUCCUAAUGUUCCUUGAUGCUGUCAGGUCUAUGGCGUCGGAAUUCCGAAAUACCCAAGGUGCCGAGACAUCGCAAUUGUUAGUGUUCUACGAAGCUUUAUUGUCACUUCUACAGCAGCUUUCACAGUCAAAAAUCGGAGCAAUUCAUCUUCUCGAUGCGGGUCUGUUUCAGGCCGUGAAAGAGUCGCAGAUUUUUGCUGCUGAUCCAGAUAUCGGUUUAGACAUUGACAACCCCGAUGCUCUCCAUAAAUAUUUUGACCUUCUUCUUUCAGUACUUCGCGUCAUUGUGGCUGCUGUCUUCACGCGGGGCCUACACAACAAGCAAAUUGUUGAGCAAACUAGGAACUUCUUGUCCGAGAACCGACAGAGUAUGGUCGGAAUAUUCAAACGUUCUGCCAAAGUUGGAGGUUCUGAGCGCACAGAUAUACAAGAUUCUCUGCGUGAACUUGUCAAAUUAUAUGUCGCCUUGAUUGCUGCUGUAGACUUUCUAGACUUUGAGGAUCAAUCGCAGCAACCAGCCGUACAAAAAAUUAUUUUCAUAGUACUUUUCAACAAUGAAAUAUAG